AAUCGAAACAGUUGCUAUUUGAAGAAAACACGUUAACCACAGUGAUGGGAUCUUUAUACUUACCUUGUCUCAUACUUUCCUUGUGCAUGUAUGAAACAUUUGGGCAGGUGUCCUUAAUUCAGAACAAGACAUCUGAUAAAAACGGUUUGGUACCUAGUACUGAAUCUGAUAAAGCGUCCAAUGUCUUAAGGGAAAUUCUGAAUCAGGAGAGCCUUGUCCGCUUCUCUAUGGUACAAAAAAUCCAAGGCUUGGUUAUGGAUGCCAUGGACAAUAAAAACGAUCAGAAAAUUCUACAGACAAAGCUCGGGAGUGUUAUAAGUGAAAUACAGGAUCUGGAGUUAAAAGACCAGAAAAUUAAGGCGGAAAACUUGGAACUUAAGCGAGAAUUGAAGAGUUUGGAUGAAAAGUUAAAUCAGAUGAAUGAGACCUUACAAACAAUUAGUGUAAAUAAUAUAGUUGACCGGCUCGCUGGAACAGAAGACAUGUUAAGUAUUUUAUCUGCCUCUGUUAAUAAAUCUCUUGAAAAAGCUCAUGAGGACCUUAAAGAGUCUAAGCUGCAGUGGUCAAAAAGGACUGAGUCACCCUUUACAGAAGUGGUGUUUACAGCGGGGAUUACAACUACCACAACAUUUAAAAGUAAUGAAAGAGUUAUAUUUCCGCAUGUUAUAACAAAUAAAGGAAAUGCAUAUAAUCCAAGUAUGGGGGUAUUUAUGGCCCCGGUAAAUGGGAAAUAUUUAUUCUUUUGUUCUAUCAUGUCAGAAACUACCGCCAACUCAUGGGUUAAAAUUAAUAAAAACGGAGUAUCUCAAGUUGUCAUUGGUGCACGUGGUGGUGUUAAUGAUAAUUAUUCAUCGGCUUCUAACAUGGUCAUUCUUGAGUUAAUCAAAGGAGACUUAGUUUGGGUAGCUGGAUAUUCAGCAUCAAAUCGCCUCUACGCAGACAAUAAUAAUCCAACUGCAACUUUCUCUGGGAUUCUGCUCUGAAUUGUCACUUUCUAAAUUUUUAAUAUGUUUGUGUUAAUAUGUAUUAACGUAGAAAAUUUGUCAGCAUAAGAAUGUCUUUGAAUAAACUGUA